UGUGUGUGUGAGAUAUUGAGUCAGAGGAAUUACUGUAUCUUCCAUAAUGACCCUGGUUCUGUAUUAUGUCUCACCAGUUCUUUGUCUCAACAGUUGUAAUAAAAGAGUUGGGAACUCAUGGGUUAGUGGAUAGUACUUGAUAAACUAGGUUAGCUUUAGUCUGUCUGAUUUAUAAUCACUUUCCAAAUAGACUCUAAGUGGACUAAAGCAGAACUUUACAAAUAUUUUUCUCUAGUGGCAACCCAAGAGAAUGUCAAAUAGUUACUCUAGGGCAGUAAGUUAGGAGUAGGUCAGUAUUCACUGUCAGCACCUGAGAUGACAAUUCCGUCUACCUACCGAGUCACCCCAUCCAUAUCAUUCAUGAUUUAUCCACCUAUCCAUUUAUCCAUCCACCCACACACAUACCCAUCUACUUUUCCACUUGUUUACCCAUUGGCCAUGCAUCCUUCUAUCCAUCUAUCUGUCCUGUGGCCCUCAGUCUAUGCACAAAGCUACAUGGCCACACAGCCACACACACGUAUCUAUCCAUCCAGUCUAAUACACAAUCCACUUCAAUUUAAUUUCCACUCUGAUGCUUAUAACUAACUAGCAGCUGAAGGCUAAAAGCUCUUUCUUACCUAAAAUAUCUUAAUAAAAGAAGAAAAAUAAUUGUAACUUUAAAGAUUAGAAACCUUCUGCUUGUUGGUUUCUAGGCUGUCAAUGUCCAAGAGAAUCACAAUGAGCAUCUUAUCUUUUUCUGGCUGUUUAAUUUCAGACACUUUGAUUCCUACCCAUAAUGACAGGGUGAGCAGAGGAGGUAGCUAUUACAAUGGCAUAAUGACAAAAGCUAGGAAGACACAGAGAGGUGAUAAAAUUUGUCAUGGCCUCCUUAAAUUAACAGAACAGAAAAAACUUGAAAUAUUGCUCCCUUGGCCUAAGAAUGAAUCAAUGUAUUGACAGGAGUAUGUACUGUCCUCAAAUAUUUAAACUACGAACAAUUGACUACUUUGAUAUUUUCAUGGUCCCUUCUUUCUCUAGUAUUUACUCAUAUCACUGAGUAGUAAAUAAUACCCUUUACACAUUCCACCUUAUAUGCAGGAAAGCAAUAUUUCUCAGUGGGAAAAUUUACGAAGGGGAAGCCAGACCAGGAGUCAAUUCACUGACAUCAUUUGAGGCCAUUUUCCCCAGCAUGGCCUCAGUGAGGUUGGGGAGAGAUUUGGAUCCUGAAUCUUACCUUCCGAUCCCUGCCUCUUAGUUUAUAGUAUCAUGCUUCUCUGAGGAGUCCACAUGAUACAAUUAUUGUAAAUAUGAUUAUAAUAAGUAUAAUUAUAGUAAGUGGCUUCUGCUCUUUUCCCAAGACUCCCUCAUGUUGGUUCUGUGUCCUAUUCAACUCCUGCUUUACACUGGUGAUCAGGAGUGGGUAGGGCAUGGAGCCCCACUGGCCCCUAUGACUCAUGGAACCUGGACACCUGGAGUCAGAUGGGACAGAAAAAGAGAGGGAGCCAGUGAGCUAGAACAUGUUAUAUAAUGCAGAGCUUAGGUAAGAUGCUAACAACUAUUCCCACCAAGAGUAAUAAGCAAAACUGACAUCUCUUCUAUGGUAACCAUCUGCAUCUUUUCUUUCCAUAUUUACAAUGUGAAAAUAUAAUUUGAUAUUUAUAUUUAAGUCUGUCUAUGGUUAAUUAUCUCAUAGUUUAGUGUUUAAAAUGACAAGAAGACAACAUUUACAAACAACUGGUUCUGUAAUUGCUAGGGAGAAAUGGCUUCUUUGUCUUUUUAUCACCUUCUCAGUAGCAACCCAAAUAGUAUGUUUAGUCCAUUAGAGAUAUAAAGCGCAUCUUUCAUCUGGUGUCCACCAUGAUCAAGGGCUAAGCUCUGCUUGUCCCUGGUUCCAGCAAGGAGUCAGUUUGAUGGGAUGACCUCCAAGGUCUUUCCCAAAGCCCCUACAGCAUGAGAGGAAGCCCAGCUGAACUACCCAUCAUGUCCUUUCUGAGUCCUUUGCUUACUGAGACUCUUUUUGGAUCUGGGUCUUAUUUUUUCUGGAUUCCAUGGAAGAGAGAUGCAUCUACAGUCUCUGCUACAAGGAUAUCUGCUGUCUUGGCCCUCACCUCUGGGAGAGGGAACAGGAAAACAGCACAGGAAAGGACUGCAGAGGAAUUGGAGGUGUCAGUGUCAGAGGUAAAGGCGGUAGCUGAAGAGCAGUUCGGGGAACUCCUGGCUGCUGUGAGGAAGGCGCAGGCUGAUGUCAUGCUCUUCUUGGAGGAAAAGGAGCAAGCUGCUCUGAACCAGGCCAAUGGCAUCAAGACCCACCUGGAGUACAGGAGUGCAGAGAUGGAGAAAAGCAAGCAGGAGCUGGAGAGGUUGGCAGCCAUCAGCAACACUGUUCUCUUCCUGGAGGAAUACUGCAAGUUUAAGAACGGCGAGGACACGGCCUUCCCUAGCAUUUACAUAGGGCUGAAGGAUAAGCUGUCAGGCAUCCGGAAGGUCAUCACAGACUCUACUGUACACUUAAUCCAGUUGCUGGAGAACUACAAGAAAAACUUGCAGGACUUUUCCAAUGAAGAGUACGACAUCAGAACGCAAGUGUCUGCCAUUGUUCAGCCCAAGUACCGGUCCUCAAAGCCUGAGCCCAGAACCAGGGAACAGUUCCUCCAAUAUGCGUGUGACAUCACAUUUGACCCAGACACAGCACACAGGUAUCUCCGGCUACAGGAGGACAACCGCAAAGUCACCAACACCUCACCUUGGGAGCAUCCCUAUCCAGACCUGCCGAGCAGGUUUGUGCAUUGGCGCCAAGUGCUGUCCCAACAGAGCCUGUACCUGCACAGGUACUAUUUUGAGGUAGAGAUUUCUGGGGCAGGCACCUAUGUUGGCCUGACCUGCAAAGGCAUUGACCGGAAAGGAGAGGAAAGCAACAGCUGUAUUUCGGGAAACAACUUCUCCUGGAGCCUUCAUUGGAAUGGGAAGGUCUACACGGCCUGGCACAGUGACACAGAGACUCCACUCAAAGCUGACCCUUUCCGGAGGCUCGGCAUCUAUGUCAACUUCCCUGGAGGGACCAUUUCCUUCUAUGGUGUAGAGUAUGAAGCCAUGACUCUGCUUCACAAGUUUGACUGUAAGUUUUCAGAACCAGUUUAUGCUGCUUUCUGGCUUUCCAAGAAGGAAAACACCAUUCGGAUUGUGGAUCUGGGAGAAGAACCUGAGAAGCCAGCACCAGCCUCAGUAGAGAUUGCUCCCUAGAUUCUAGGCUCUAUCUCAUGGGCUUUUGCUAACUACAGUGAUGAGGCAGCAGCUUAUAUAGUUUUUCAGUACCCAGUAUUCAUCCAGACCAAGGGGAUUUGAACUGAGCUACAUCCCUACCUUUUUUUCCCCCCCUUAGGCAGUAUCUUGCCAAGUGUCUAAGUGUGCAGCUUAGGCUCAAAUGUGUGAUCUUCCUGCCUCAACCUUCUAGAACAUUUCUUCCUAGGGCAAGGAAUAUCUGCCAAUGCUAUCUUGGUUUUAAAUUCAUGUGGAUUUACAAAUAAUGAAGAUUCUCCAGCUGCUUUCCUUGGCUGCAUAUAGCACUUCUUUUUAUGUUUACAGUGACUGUAAAGCCUCAAAUGUCUCCCAUCACCUCCUAAUGAUAGCCUCCUGCCUGCCCAGGUGAACAUCUUAUAUUUUGCUCAAACUUGCUAAUGAGGAAUCUUUAUAGUACUGAGCAGCUUACAGAAAAAAUAACAAUAAAUUGUAACUUAUACUCUUUUCCUGCUGUGCAAGACAGUUUUGUAAGUGCUUCAUCCACAAUUAACUAAAUCAUCACUGCAGAUCCAUAAUUUAGAUACUCACAUGAUUCUCAUUUUGUGAAAAGGGAAACUGGUCCAAGGUAGUAAUCUAACUUGCUCAGGGUUUCUUUAGUUAAAUUCAGUAAGUAAGGGGUGGAGAUAGGAUUCAAAUCUGGAUGGACCAUUGCUGAACUUCAGAAUACCAGGAUCUAUUUCCUUCCUCCUUAGAUUGUGAAUGUUACGUGUAAGGCAGUAAACCACAUGGCGAACUACACAGCAGGGAAAUUGAGUGUCUUAAACCCACUUCUUAGAAUUUACACCUCUUUUUGCAUGUAUCAAGUUUGACUCAACUAUCUAGCCAUGCAGUGGCCAAAAGCUCAGCACUUCACACAGAAACUCACCUUAGUUUUGGACAGUGGGGAUUAGGAGAAAUGUCUUAAUGGUGCCUAAGUCUUAGUCCCAUGGGUUCUGGAGAGGGGUCUCACUUCUCUCUUCUUAAGUCAUCCAGGCAUUGUGGAGAGGUCUAAUUUAUCAUUCAACGUUCUUCAAGUGAUUUGUUGACUGUGUCCUGCUCUUCCCCUACAUUGUUCUCACACUAAAUUUGCUACUUUUCUCUUUGGUUUCUAUUCCUUAAAUCCCCACCCUUUUGAUUAUUUCAUUCUUGUUUGGUUUUGAGAAAUAAGGUUGCACCCAUCCCUCAGGGAAGUAAAAACCUGUUU